AUGAGUCUGCUGCCCGUCCUCAAGAGCUGUCACAACCAUCCCCCCGUCAGCCAAGACCCAACAACGAUCGACGGCAGCGAGACCCUCGUCCCCUUCUACCUCCACCUGCCAGACACACUCGACGGACUCAAGCCAUCCAGAGCGGCUCCCAUCAACCAAGCAACUAUCAACAGCCACCAGACAAUCAAGCGACUCUCGAGCUACCUGACCCGCUCCAACUCAUCCGACCAACUAGAUCACAAUACAUCCAGCAAGAAAAACCAUCAGCCACCAUGGGAUCGCGCCACCCAAGACAGGGACUCUCGUCUGCCGAUCGGCUUCCUCAGACCGGCUGUCCUCAAGGCGUUGGUCGAAGAUAACCAACACAUGACCCGGAUCCACAACCAAGCCUGUUGGAAAUUAUUCUAUCCGGUCAAGGAGGACAACGAGACGGGAGUCAGCUUGCCCUCGAAGGUCAGCUUUGAGGACUGGAUCAAUCAGGCUGAGGAUCGGAUCGAGGCCCGCCAAGAACACCUCGAUAGGCUGGUCAGAGGCUGGAAGGAAACCGGGCUGUUCGCCGACCAACUAUUCGGUUGGAGGAACGAAGUCUACUCAGUCUACGGUCCAAAGGACGACCCAGAGGAGUCUGAGGAGACGCUCCAGCAGCCCGGCGCUAAUCUUGCAUUAAGGAUCGAACGUGCCGCCGUCGGAUUGUUCGGGUUCAUGAGCUUUGGCGCUCAUCUAACGGCCUACAUCAAGAAAAAUGGCCAAUACUUCUUUUGGAUCCCCAGGAGAUCGGCGACUAAAGCAACAUGGCCAUCGAAAUUGGAUGAUACUGUGGCAGGAGGGAUCACCAGUGGUGAGACUGAACUCGAGACGAUCAUCCGGGAAUCCUUCGAGGAAGCCAGUCUCAAUGAAGAGAUAGUCCGAUCGAGGAUCCGGCCGACUGGGCUGAUCAGCUAUACCCAUCGCAGCCCAGAGGGCUGGAUCCAUCCUGAGAUUCAGUACACCUACGAGCUAGAGCUGCCGGCCGAGAACACAAUCGUGCCCAAGCCGAACGACGGCGAGAGCGUAGACUUCAGACUGAUGGGCUUUGAUGAGCUUGCUGAGGCGCUCAGGUUGCACAUGUUCAAACCUGACGCUGCCGCCGUCCUCAUCGACUUCUUCGUCCGCCAUGGCCUCAUCUCCCAGAACAACGAACCAAACUAUGUCGUCCUCUCUACCCUCGUCAAACAGCCCAUCUUCGUUCCCCUCCCCUGA